AGAACUGUUUGGAUUUGGAAACCCAUGUUGGGUGUCCAGAAUAUGAAAGUUGGCGUCUUCCUGCUGUGGUGGGGAUGGGUUUUGGCCACUGAAAGCAGAGCACAUUGGCGACGAAGAGAAGUACAGGACAUGUCUAAGAAGGGCAGCCCAAUUAUGAAACGAAGCCCUGAUAUCACCAAAUCGCCACUGACAAAAUCAGAGCAACUUCUGAGGAUAGACGAUCACGAUUUCAGCAUGAGGCCUGGCUUCGGAGGUCCGGCCAUUCCUGUGGGUGUGGAUGUGCAGGUGGAGAGCUUGGACAGCAUCUCCGAGGUCGACAUGGACUUCACGAUGACCCUCUACCUGAGGCACUAUUGGAAGGAUGAGAGGCUGUCCUUCCCGAGCACCAACAACCUCAGCAUGACGUUUGACGGCCGGCUGGUGAAGAAGAUCUGGGUCCCCGACAUGUUUUUCGUGCACUCCAAGCGCUCCUUCAUCCAUGACACCACCACGGACAACGUCAUGCUGCGGGUCCAGCCGGAUGGGAAAGUGCUCUACAGCCUCCGGGUUACAGUGACUGCAAUGUGCAACAUGGACUUCAGCCGAUUUCCCCUGGACACGCAAACGUGCUCACUUGAAAUUGAAAGUUAUGCCUAUACAGAGGACGACCUCAUGCUGUACUGGAAAAAAGGCAACGACUCCUUGAAGACAGAUGAGCGGAUCUCGCUCUCUCAGUUCCUCAUCCAAGAAUUCCACACCACCACUAAGCUGGCCUUCUACAGCAGCACAGGCUGGUACAACCGUCUGUACAUUAACUUCACGUUGCGACGCCACAUCUUCUUCUUCUUGCUUCAAACUUACUUUCCUGCCACCCUGAUGGUCAUGCUGUCCUGGGUGUCCUUCUGGAUCGACCGCAGAGCUGUGCCGGCCAGAGUCCCUUUAGGGAUCACCACCGUGCUGACCAUGUCCACCAUCAUCACGGGCGUGAACGCCUCCAUGCCCCGCGUGUCCUACAUCAAGGCGGUGGACAUCUACCUCUGGGUCAGCUUUGUGUUCGUGUUCCUCUCGGUGCUGGAGUACGCAGCCGUCAACUACCUGACCACGGUGCAGGAGCGGAAGGAGCGCAAGCUCCGGGAGAAGCUUCCCUGCACUUGUGGAAUGCCCCAGCCACGCGGGGUCAUGCUGGACGGCAGCUACAGCGACGGGGAGGUUAAUGACCUGGGCAACUACACGCCGGAGAAUGGAGAGAAGCCGGACAAGAUAAUGGUGCAGCUGACCUUGGCCUCAGAAAGGAGCUCCCCGCAGAGGAAAAGUCAGAGGAGCAGUUACGUGAGCAUGAGGAUCGACACCCAUGCCAUUGAUAAAUACUCCAGGAUAAUUUUUCCAGCGGCAUACAUUUUAUUCAAUUUAAUAUACUGGUCUAUUUUCUCAUAA